AUGGACACCAUCCUGGACAACAAUUCUGGAGUGGCAGCAUACCUCGACGACCUACUAACUGUAGCUUGCUUGCGAAAUGAGUUACGCAAGCGGAUCCAAAUACCAAGAAAGAAGCGAGUUCUUCUGACUUUGGUCAAGUAUCUGGGUUUUAUCUUUGACUCCUCUGACCAGCAUCCGGAUCCUGAGAAUUUCCGCGCCAAACAACAAAUGCCGAUUCACAAAGAUGCUUACUCACUGCGCUUCUUCUGGGGAUUGAAAAGCCACGUAUACCGUCGAUGCACAAUGUCCGACCACCACUAA